AUGAGCGAAAGCUUUUGUGACAAAGAAAUUUGCUCUGAAACAGAUGGUUUGAAGAUAUACAUGUCAAAGCAAGAAGCAACUACGACUACCGAAAUACCAUCCACAACCACAACGGAAGCUCCAACAACAACAACCGAAAAACCCACUACAACAACUACAGAAAAACCUACAACAACAACAACAGAAAAGCCAACGACAACGGAAAAACCUACGACGACGACAACAGAGAAACCUACGACAACAACAGAGAAACCUACGACAACAACAGAGAAACCUACGACAACAACAGAGAAACCUACGACAACAACAGAGAAACCUACAACAACGACAACAGAGAAACCUACAACAACGACAACAGAGGAACCUACGACAACGACAACAGGGAAACCUACGACAACGACAACAGAGAAACCUACGACGACAACAACCGAAAAACCUACCACGACAACAACAGAAAAACCCACGACAACAACGGAAAAGCCUACGACUACCACAACCGAGAAACCGACAACUACUACAGAAAAACCCACAACGACGACAAAAGAGCCUACUACCACUACCAUGGAACCUACUACGAAAGAAGCAACAACAAAAGAAGCAACAACUGCCGAAAAGACAACGGCUACCGCAACAGAACCAAAAACACUGACUAUAACCAUGCCAAAUAUACCAUCGACAUUUACAAUACCUACAAUUAUACCAACUAUUCCACCCAGAAAUGUUGAAAUCCAAUGUGACUCUACUUUGCCAAUCAUGAUGGGUCUAGUACCGAAAGAAUAUUUUUUCGAUGGACAACCGAUGACAGAAAUUAUUUGCAUCCCUUAUGGAGCACUACAGAAUCCAUUCGAAGGAAAUCCUUACACGCUUGAUUUCUUUGGUGAAACAACAGGACAAUGCAAACAAGAUCAUGGAGUAACUGGAAUGCGGCUGACAGUGAGGGAGCAAAAGCUUGAUGGAUUCAUUUUGACGUGCAAGCCAUUGAAAAACAGCGCCAUUGAUAAAAAUAUAUACGAGAAUCCAGCGACUCCAAAAAAUGCUCUCUGCGAAAAAGGUGACGUCAUUGCUGGCCUCAAAGUCCAAUUGGAGAAACCUCAGCAUCUCCGCACAUUGAUUUGUCAAAAGAUAAAAUCAGCCUCAAAUGGCCUUGGUUAAUUCAUGUGAGAUUGAUUCAAGAAUUACACUGUUAAAAUUGAUCUAAUACACUUGGUU